AUGGGGAUCUCGAGAACUCUAAAAAACCAGCUUGUGGGUCCGGAAAUUAUAGAGGCACGCUCAGAUCCAAAUUCAACAGGACUGACAAGGAGAAGUUGCGAAAAUCAUGAGUUGGGCAAGAACUAUUCGGUGACAGAAAGAUCAGUAUGUGUUGAUGAGCCUUAUAUUGACCUUGAAUUGAAGCUCUCACCAGAAGAAGUUGCCUACAGAGAGACUUCACGGGCUUUCAAAGUGAAAAAGUUUUUUUGGGAUGGCACUGGGAGACACCCUAAAGAGCAAAAGUACCUAUGCAAAUUGGACUUCUUCUUAUUGAGUUCAUCUAUGUUGGGAUACUUCAUUAAGAACUUGAACCAAUCUAAUGUGACCACAGCUUAUGUCAACGGUAUGGAUGAGUAUUACCACAUGGAUCAUAAUCAGUACAACUAUCUCGUUACUUUGUGGACUAUAGGAUACAUCAUUGGACAAAUCCCGUCUAAUUUGGUAUUACAUCGCAUAUCUGCCAGAUAUUAUUUAGGCGGCCUCGAGAUUCUUUGGGCAUUAUUGACUCUUUUGAUGAUUACAUGCAAAAGCAUCAAGUCUCUUUACGCCAUACGAUUUUUCUUGGGAUUGUUAGAGUCGGGGUAUUUUCCAGGUUUGGAGUACUUGGUUGGAAGUAACUACGGUGCAUCAGAACUCUCAACAAGGUCAGCUUACUUUGCCGUUGCUGGAAAUGCUGCGGGGUUGAUCUCUGGACCCUUGCAAUUAGCUGUCUUGAAGAGAUUCAAAAACUCGUCUAUGCCUCCAUUUAAAUGGAUGUUUGUGUUUGAUGCAGUCAUUUCAUUUCCUGUUGGUAUCUACACUAUGAUAGUCGAUCCCAAUACUCCCAGUACGACAGAUGCAUUUUACUUUAGUAAAGAGGAUCGUUUAGUUGGUCUCGAAAGAAGAAGAAGAAUAGGAGCCCAAUUGAAUACCAGAGAGAAAUAUCUGUGGAAAAAAAUUAAAGGCUUUUUCACCACUUGGCAUAUCUAUGUGUUUCCAUUUCUAUUUUUGGCCUACAACAACUCGUGUGCUGCCAACUCUCAACCCACAUUUCAGACGUGGAUGAAGCUUGAGCUCAAGUUAUCUCCUGACAAAUACAACACAUUCCCCUCGAUUUUAACGGCCUGUGGAAUAGGAACAACAUUGAUAUUAGCAUAUUCUCAUAACUUCAUUGGCGGGAGAAAGAACCACUUUUACGUUUUUAGUUACUUCGUGUGCGUCAUGAUUGGAUGUGCACUUCUUUCUUAUUGGCAUAUUCCAAGAGGGCUUCAUUGGUUCUGUUACUUUCUCACUGGAAUCCCGACAUCCUACGGCCAACCUUUUAUAUUCUCAUGGGUUAAUCGCCUUUUAUUUGAAGAUGACAUGAAGAGAAAUUUUGUGGUUGUUUGUACUAAUACGUUGGCAUAUGUAACGGGAGCGUGGGUUCCCAUUUUUGUUUGGAACACAGCAGACAAGCCAAGGUACCACAUUGGAUUCACAUAUACAUCUUGUCUAGCUUCUUUUGGAAUUAUUAUGACUGGUAUGGCUUGGUAUUUAACGUGCAGAGACCAGCGACGCCAGAAGGAUAGGGCCGAGUACGCGGGAACAGACCAAAGUGACGAGAGUCUAGUGGUUUCAGAGACUUACCACGCAGAGUCUUUACAGAAGGGCCUCGUUCCUUGA